AUGUCUCCUCAACAGAAAGCUCUUUUGCUUCCCAAAAAGCAGGGCGACUUUGAAAUUGGCUCCCGCAGCAUCCCCAGUCCUGGCGCUGGGGAGCUCUUGGUCAAGAUUCACUCUGCUGCUCUGAAUCCGGUUGACUACAAGAUCAAGGACAUGGGGCUUUUCGUGACCGAUUACCCUGCCGUUGUAGGCAUGGAUAUUGCUGGCAUAGUCGAGGAAGUAGGGGAAGGUGUCGACAAUUUCCGCAAAGGCGAUAGAGUGUUCAUUGAGCACAUCGUCAUCCACAUUCCAUUCCAGAUUCCUUCAAGCGAAUCUUUCGAUAGCGCAGCGACUGUUCCUCUGGGGUUAGAUACUGCGCUGGUGGGGUUGUAUGGAAAUCAUUUUGGAGCUGGGUUAACCCCUCCUUGGGCGAAAAGCGUAGGCGAAUCAAAGAAACCUAUUGUCAUCCUUGGCGGUUCUUCAUCUGUAGGUUCAUACGCUAUCCAACUUGCUCGACUGUCAGGAUUCUAUCCUAUCAUCACUACAGCCUCUCCGAGUAAUGAAGAACUUGUCAGGAAGUACGGCGCAACCCACUUUUUUGAUCGCAACCUUUCCGGCAAACAACUGAAGGCCGCCAUCAGCAAAAUUACUGACAGCCCUAUCGGAAUUGUUUAUGACGCCAUCUCGUUGCCAGAAACACAAUCUGUUGGAUGGGAAUUACUUGCAAACAAUGGCACCCUGGUAUUAACCCUUGCUGGAUCAGUCAAGGAGGAUGAAGGCAAGGGGCGCAAGGUUAUCUCGACUUUCGGAGUCCCACACACCCCCCAAAAUGUGGAACUGUGCAGCAGCUCGUGGGCUGUGGUCGAAAAGUGGCUUUUAGAGGGUGCUAUAAAGCCGAACAAGUAUGAGGUUCUGCCAAACGGACUUGAAGGUAUUAUUGGAGGACUGGAAAGGAUGAAAUUGGGACAGGUGUCUGGAACGAAGUUGGUCGCUCAUCCACAGGAAACACAAUAAACACAAGGUUGUCGACUUAUUCCGCGAUGCCGAGUAUCACCUUGUUUGCAUUGAGCUCAAUGACAGGAUAUAAUUGAGCAAUACAAUAGGCGUCACAAUUUCUAGUAUGUACUGGGCGAUGUCGCGAGGAGAGCUCUUACUGGAAG